AUGCGUGUAACUACCCUCAGCCUUGUGGGCGUCAUUGCCUCAGUUGGGACUUGCGCAUCGUCAUAUGUCGAUUCUUUACCCGAAAAUGCCAAAGACCUCCUCACAGAGAGCAUGGACUGGAUGGACACGUACUAUGACAAUAAAGCCGGAUACUUAUACGACUUUGGUGGCGCGAGUGCUCUCAGACAUGAAACACGAAGUUCGGCGUGGUACGCCUUUGGCCUCUUGGCUCGAAAUAAGGGAAAGGAUGCUGCUGAAGCAGAGAAGGUCAUCCGAAAUAUCAUUCACGGCCAGCAUAAGAAUCCCGCCGAUGAGUGGUAUGGAAGCUACCAGAUAUCACCCGAGGAGCCAAAGGUUGGAUCAGCCGCAUAUCCAGCCAACAUAUAUAACUCAUGGGACCCCAAUUGGCGAGGUUUCGUCGGUACAACCUUUAUCAUGGUGCUGGAAGAGUUCCCAAAGCUAGUCAGCCAGCCUACUCAGAAGCUGAUGCUCGAGUCUCUACACAACGCCACAAAGGGUGAUGAAUAUCGUUUUGGACACCUUGAUCCAAAGAAGGAUAAUCUAUAUCCGUCCUAUAGCAAUCCGGCUAUUAUGAGAGCUUUCAUGUCAGGCUGGACAGGCCGAAGACUCAAAGAAACCAACAUGACAAGGAGCGGUGAGCGGUACGCCAAGGACAUAAUCGAUCUGUUCAACCGUGCCAAUACCCUUUCUGAGUUCAACUCUGGCACAUAUACUGGCGUCUCACUCUACGGUCUCACUCUCUGGAGCAAAUAUUCACACAAAGACUCGAUAAUGGCCAAGUAUGGUCCAGAGAUGAUCAAGUAUACGUGGGAGGCAGUUGGUGAUCUGUGGCAUCCGGGUAUGAAGAACAUGGCUGGGCCUUGGGAUCGCUCUUACGGCUACGAUAUGAACCGCUAUCUGAGCUUGAUGGCUGUAUGGUUUUGGUCCUUGGCCGGAAAAGAGAACUCAUCUCUUAUCAAGAGGCCCGAGAUCAUGUCGCACAUGGCAGACUACGCCUGGGGACCUCUUUUCGCCGCACUAACCAAGAGCCACCAGAAGUUGAUCCCUAAAAUAGUCCUGAAAAGCCUCACCACAUUCAAGGGAGAGCAUAAUUUCACGGCCAGCACUUACUAUCCUCCAUUCGACACAGUCCCGCGCAACAUCACAAGUUGGUUGUCCAAAAAGCUCACGAUUGGCGCACAGUCGUACAAACAGAUCUCGCUUGGUGGCCCUGGCCAGAACCAGGAGGCUUAUAACCCGGCUGUUAUCCAAUGGGAUACUGGAAGCGAGAUCUCGUUCAUCUCUUUGUACCCCAGCGAGACGGCUCUAGAUGUUGAGGUUGCCCCAGGCAAGUUGAGUCUCGCGUAUCCUCGUGGGAACUCAAGCUCAAGGUUCUCGUUGAUGGUGGGAACCUUUCGUGAGAAACCCACCAUCACAGGGUGGCACGAUCUCCCAAAGCUCAAUGUCAGCGUGACUGGUAACAUGGAUCCCAAAUUCGAUUUGAGCUUUGGAGGAGCUUAUGGUGGUUCGUCUCAGAGACUGAGGGAAUUCGAGCUCUGGAACUUCACUUAUACCAUGCCAUCUGGAUUUAAAGGCACACCGUCUUUGACGCUGGACCUGGAGAUGAUGUAG